AACAUUGACGGACCGAUAUGUGCGCCAUACGCAAUCGCCCCCCAUUGAAAACACGUGUAAUCAAGGGGCUAACUAUCAACAGCAGACAUGCCGAAAGCACAAAAAGGAAAGAGCUCUGUGGAGAAGAAAGUGAUCCAUCCUUAUAGCAGAAAAGCGGCUGCUAUGAACAGAGCAGCUAUCAAACAUGAAAGAAAAGAAAAGUGGAAAAGUGACAAAGCCCUGCGUUUAAAUUUAAUCAGGGACAAACUUUUGUGGUUCCAAAGUCAGCUGGACUCCGGAAAGUUUGAAUAUUCCAAACAAGAAGUUUGUGAAAUCAUUGAGAGGUAUCUUCAUCGCUUCGACAGCGAAUUGGAACAAAUCGAGCUGGCCAACAGCAUUAAGGGACGCCAGGGGCGAGUACACUUUUCCAGAGAGACCGUCAUAAAGCAGACGAUGGAAAGAGAGCGAGCCCAGUACGAGGGGAGCGGCUUCGAGAUCCCAGAUAUAAUCAACAGCAAACAUUUAAAGACGUUCAGAGAGUGGAACGGUGAGCUGAAGAAGCUGCCCAACAUCAAGAUGCGCAAGGUUUCACCAAAAGGGCUGGAAAAAAAACACACUGCAGUGAAAGAGACACAUGCUGACGAUGAGGCAUGUGAGGAAGACAUUAAUGAUGAUGAUGAUGAUGAUGACGACGAGGCAUCCCAGGACUCUGAUGCAGAGCGUUUGGAAGAUAAAGCAUGAUACUUAACAGAGUGUUUUGUUCAGAGUGAAUGACUGGUACAGUGUGUUUGUGUGU